AUGAACAUGGAAACAAUUGAUCAAACAUCAUCAUCAUCAUCUACAGAUCAGCUAGCAAGUAAAGAAGAAAUGAUUAAUCCUAGUGAAGUUCAAGAUGUUGAUUCCAUGGCCAUAGAUGACCAAACAAAAGAAGCAGAAACUACGAUACGUGCCUAUGAUGAACUACUUGAGCUUCAAGAAAAGCUUGCUGAAGAUAAUUCUCUAUAUGACAUACAUGUCAAAUUUAUUGGACUUUUAAAAGAAUUAGAAUUAACUGAACAACUUGAAGUUGCGCGUAUAUCAAUGCAUGAUGUUUUCCCUUUAUCAGAAGCUUUAUGGCUUGACUGGAUAAAUGACACCAAGAAAGAAGCAAACACACCAGAAGGACAAGCAAAGUUAUUUAAACUUUAUAAUGAAGCUCAAGAAGAUUACCAAUCUAUUAUUAUAUGGAAAGACUAUGUUGAUUAUAUCUUACAAAGGUUUAAUGAUCAGUCCACAAAUAACGAUGACGUAGAUAAACAGGAUCUUUUGAUUGAAGAAACGCGUGAACAACUUUUAAAAGCAGUUCAUGCUACUCAAUUUAAUAUUAAGCAAAGUCAAGAAAUAUGGAAAGCUUAUUCUGAAUUUGAGCUGAGGAUGUUGGAUCAAAAUAAAGAAGAUUCAGAGCAGCUUGCACGAGUUAGGAAAAUGUAUUUAGAUCGAUUAGCAGUUCUCCAUCUUGAUUAUGAAGAUACAUUUAAUGCUUAUUCUAGCUUUAUUUCCAAUUAUGAUAACCUGAAUUAUGAACAAUCCAUGGUAGAAGCUAAUAAAAUCUAUGCAAAGACAAAGGUAGCAGCUGAAGAAAGGGAUGUAUUUGAAUUAAAAUUAGCGACUUCAGGUUAUCAUUUAGAUUCAUUCUAUGAAUAUAUUGAAUAUGAAAAACGAUUAAGGAAUAAGUCUUCAUUAAAUCAUAUACGUUCACUCUAUGAACGAGCCAUUAUUUAUUAUUGUACAGAUGCUAAUCUCUGGAACGAUUAUAUCCUAUUCCUGCUAGAAAGAGCUAGAAUACAAUCCUUUUUAGAAACUAUUUGUAUAAGAGCCAUACGUAAUUGUCCAUGGUCAGGAAUCCUUUGGGCUCAUUUAGGUAGACUACUAGAAUCAGGUGGAAAACCAGAAGACCAAAUUGAUGAUAUUUUUGAUCGUGCUUUGGCAUCCAAGCCAAUUUUAUCAAGUUUAGAUGAUUUAGUCACUGUUUUAUUAGCUAAAUGUGAUUUUAAAAGAAGAAGAGUGGAUUGGGAAGAUGUUGAUGAAGAUGCUGUAUUGAAUUUACGUCUAGUAUUUGAAGAAAGUUUAGAGAUUCUUAAUGAAGCUUUCCCUGAUUCAGGAGAUCCAUACUUUAGAAUUGAAAAAUAUUAUGCUUAUAUUUUAGUAAAUAGAUUAGGAGAUAAUGACAAAGCUAGAAAAAUCUGGAGUACUUUAGUUGAAAAACAAGGAUUAAAUACAGAAGCCUGGAUACAAUAUAUACUAUUUGAACGUGAUCAGGGAAAUUAUACUGUAUGUUCAUCAUUAUUCAAACAAGCUAUCCAAAAGAAUAUUGAUAAUCCUGCAAGAUUAAUGGAUGUAUGGGAUACAGUAGAGCAUGAAAUUGGUACUUUAGAAUCAUAUGAAAUAGCUCUAGUCAAGAUGAAUAGAAAGACAAAAAGAUUGACAAAGCAAUGGGAAAUUCAAUAUGCUAAAGAAGAAGAAGAAGAGGCUAAACAAAAGGAAAAGUUUAUUAUGGAAAGAAAAAAGAAAAGUGCACAUCGAUUAGCACAAAAGCAACGAGCUAAAGAGAAAAAAGCAUCAGAGAGAAACCAAUUUAAAAAACCUAUUGAAAAGGCUUUUAAAGAGGAUCAACAUAAAUUGCAAUCUGAUAAAGAAACUGUAUUCAAUGAUCGUGAAGACGAUGACCAGGAAGAAGAACAAAAGGAAGUCAAGGAAAUACAAGCAGAAGAAAACAACGAUACUCAGGAAAACGAAAAAGAAGAAGAAAAUAACAAUAUUCAGGAAAAUGAAAAAGAAGAAGAAAACAACGAUAUUCAGGAAAACGAAAAAGAAGAAGAAAAGAAGAAUGAAAAAAUAGAGGUAGUUAACACUCAAUUAUCUCAUAAACGCAAGCUCUCUGUAGAUAAUAGUCUUGAAGAUUCUUCUGAUUCAAAAAAGAAAUAUAAGAGAAAUACGCAAGCACCUCAACCCUCUUUUAAUCCCAAGCCACGUGGGCUCAUUCUAAGGAGAGGGAAAGCAUUAAAUCUGGGUAGAAGAGCGGUAAAUAGAAAUCUGGCUCCAAGAAGUGCAAAUAAAGAAAAAGGAGAUGCAACUGAAGAAAAAAAGGAUGUACCUAAAUCAAAUGAUGAUUUUCGUAGUAUGCUUUUAGGAAAAAAAUGA